CUGAGGGCAUAGACGCUUCACCUUUUUUGUUAUACUUACUAAGAUAAGAUGAAAUCAUCUAUUUUGUACUUCAUCAUCCCUGGAAUUUUCUCAGGUUUAUCUGAUGGAGCUGGAGUGUUACCAGAUGGUCCUCUGAAUGGAUCUGCAUGUUGGACGGUGAUGUUACGGACCAACCUCAACCCACAACCAUUGCUUUCUGUGAACUGGACUUUUGGGCCUGAUAAACCCAUAGUAACCACACAGUCUUCUUCCAACUCAACUGCUCCAGAUUAUGAAGGCAGGAUCACGCUCUUCAGGUCCACUGGAUCUCUGGAGCUCAGAGAGCUGACAGUCAAUGACAGUGGAAUCUACUAUGUUAACAUUAGGACAGCUAAUGGUACCCGUCAGAUGGGAAGAACAAUAUUGAAGGUAUAUGCACCAGUUUCCAAUGUGUCACUAACUCCCAGCAGCACGGAGCUGGUUGAGUUCAACAGUUCUGUCAGCCUGCAUUGCUCCUCUCCUGGAUCCCAUCUCUGCUUCCUCUGGAUGAACAACACCUCUAAGGUUACAGCUGGUGACAGAGUUCAGAUCACUGAUGGAGGAUCCCGUCUCACAAUAGUCAAUGUGACCCGUUAUGACGAGGGAACAUACCACUGCCACGUGUUCAGCUCUGUGAACAAUGGCAGCAGUGAUCCAGUAAAUCUCUCUGUUAGCUAUGGUCCAGAAAAUACACAGCUGAAUAUUUCUCCAUCACAGGAGUACUAUGAUAAAGGAUCAGACAUCAACAUGAGCUGCACAGCUGAGUCUAAACCUUCUGCUGAGUUUCUGUGGUUUCUGAAUGGAGAUAUGUUGCCUUAUGCUGGACCAGAAGUCACACUGGUGGACAUUCAGACCAGACAGAGUGGAAACUACAGUUGCCAGGCCUUUAACAAUAAAACUUUGAGAUAUCUAACAUCUCAGCCCAGCACCAUCUCUGUAAAAGGAAAUAAACUCUCAGGAGGUGUCAUUGCUGGAAUAGUAAUCAUGUGUUUAUUAGUUAUUGCUGCAGGAGCUGCUGGCGGCUACUUUAUCUAUAAAAGAAGAAAAGGUCUAGAAGCUAAAUCACAGCCAGCCAAAACAGAACAAGAAAACGUGUACGCAAACAUACCGAAAAUAAAGGAAAAUAUUGAAGAGGAUCACAUUUAUGAGAAUGUUACAGGUGUACAGAGUAGUAAAGAACAAGAACAUGUGUAUGAGGACAUGUCACAGAUAGAGACGACAUAAAAUCAACCACUUUUUGCAGUUUAAAGAUGAUCAGAUGACAAUGAUGCAUGAGAUGACAGGAAGAAAGUGUAAACAUGUUUCUGUUGCUGUAUUUAUGCUUUUGAUUUUACUCUCAUUUAUUUCCUUCGGUCAAAGUUUUAAAGUCUUAAAACAGAAAAUUAAAUAUGUAAAGUUUUAAUGAUUUGUUAAAUAUGCAGUAUUUAAAAUGUUUAAUGAUAUCAAUACUUCAUAUUGAUCUAGAAUAUCAAAAUCAUAGAAAGGUUUUAUCGAUGCAAAGCCCUUAACCAGAUUUGUUAUAUCAGCUAAACCGUUUAUUUAUGUGAACUUUAUCUAUGUUAAACUGGGCUUGACAUUUCAACCUCUAGCUUUGCUGGUGAAA